CCGGGGGAGGAGCGGCCACUGCGCGGCACUCAGGGAGCUGUGCGGGGUUCUGGUUGCAACUGAGCUAAACCCAGGCAGGGCUACCAAGUUUCUCAGAAGGUUAAAAGGUCCAGAGUUUAAGACUUCGUUAAAGUGAGUCAAGAGAAGGAAGGAUUUUGUGGACUACUACAGUGUGAGUGCGGGGUGAGUCCUAGAGUCUCACUAUGUCAGGGAAACGGAAGCGAGUGGUGUUGACUAUUAAAGAUAAGCUUGAUAUAAUAAAGAAACUUGAAGAUGGAGGUUCUUCCAAGCAACUGGCAGUGAUUUAUGGAAUUGGCGAAACAACAGUUCGGGAUAUAAGGAAAAAUAAGGAAAAGAUUAUAACUUAUGCAAGCAGUUCUGAUUCCACAAGUCUUUUGGCCAAGAGGAAAUCUAUGAAGCCAUCCAUGUAUGAGGAACUGGACAGAGCAAUGCUGGAAUGGUUCAACCAGCAGAGAGCUAGAGGGAAUCCCAUAUCUGGACCAAUCUGUGCAAAAAGGGCUGAGUUCUUCUUUUAUGCUUUGGGAAUGGAUGGUGAUUUUAACCCCUCUGCUGGUUGGUUAACUCGUUUUAAGCAACGGCACAGCAUUAGAGAGAUUAACAUUAGAAAUGAAAGAUUAAAUGGAGAUGAGACUGCUGUGGAAGAUUUUUGUAAUAGUUUUCGAGAUUUUAUUGAGCAAGAGAAUUUGCACCCUGAACAGAUCUACAAUGCGGAUGAAACUGGACUUUUUUGGAAGUGCUUACCUUCUAGGACUUCAGUAGUCAAAGGUAAAUGCACUAUCCCUGGACACAAGUCAGUUGAAGAAAGAGUCACUAUCAUGUGUUGUGCCAAUGCAACAGGUUUACACAAACUUAAACUCUGUGUUGUGGGCAAAGCAAAGAAACCUCGCUCUUUCAAAUCAACUGACACUUUAAACCUCCCAGUCUCUUAUUUCAGCCAAAAAGGUGCAUGGAUGGAUCUUUCCAUUUUCCGACAAUGGUUUGAUAAGAUUUUUGUGCCACAGGUUCGAGAGUACUUAAGAUCUAAAGGCUUGCAAGAAAAGGCUGUGCUAUUAUUGGAUAACUCACCAACACAUCCAAAUGAAAAUGUCUUAAGAUCAGAUGAUGGCCAAAUAUUUGCCAAAUAUCUGCCACCUAAUGUGGCUUCAUUGAUUCAGCCCUUGGAUCAGGGAGUUAUAGCAGCAAUGAAGAGAAACUAUCGUGCUGGUCUUCUCCAAAACAACUUGGAAGAAGGAAAUGACCUGAAGUCAUUCUGGAAGAAACUAACUCUGCUUGAUGCACUUUAUGAAAUAUCAAUGGCGUGGAACUUAAUAAAACCAGUAUCCAUUAGCAGAGCUUGGAAACAGAUUCUUCCUCAUGUAGAAGAGAAAGAAGGCUUGGAUUUUGAUGAAGAAGAUAUUUCUGUGGGUACUGUGGCCACCAUUUUGCAGCAUACCAAAGGAUUGGAAAAUGUGACUACUGAGAAUAUUGAAAAAUGGCUUGAAAUAGACAGUACUGAACCAGGCUAUGAAGUAUUAACUGACAGUGAAAUCAUCAGAAGAGCACAAGGUCAGACAGAUGAAUCCAGUGAAAACGAGGAAGAAGAAAUAGAACUAAUUCCAGAGAAACAUAUAAAUCAUGCAGCUGCUCUUCAAUGGACUGAAAGUUUAUUGGAUUAUCUAGAACAACAGGGUGAUAUGAUUCUACCUGAUAGACUGGUAAUACGUAAACUUCGAGCCACCAUCAGAAAUAAACAGAAGAUGACAAAUUCUAGCCAAUAAUGACAUUUAAUUUUUAUCAUUGUUUAAUAAUUGUAUUUGUGAGCAUACCCCUUUUGCAACAUGGCUUAAUUUUCUUUAUGUUCUGAAUUCUCAGGCAUAGUCUUAUGAAAUACAGAUAGAAAAACAUCUGUCCAAGUAUGGUGACACAAACCUAUAAUCCUAACUGCUUGGGAUGCUGAGGCAGAAGGAUUGCAGGUUUGAGGUCAGCCUUAGCAAUUUAGUGAGACCCUGUUUCAAA